UUACAACAACUUCAUCAUAACCAUGUGUACUUUUUUAUUUUUGAAAAGUGGUGUGAUAAAGGCUCCCACUAUGGGCUCCAAGUGUUCAUUUAAUGUCUUAUCUAAUGUUUAUUCCGUGGGUUCGGGUCCAUUUGCUCUGGGGCGCCUCUGCUGGUCCAAACUGGAACUUCGCACUCGGGUGAACAUGGCUGCACAAACUCGGGCUCUGGUGUCUGUUCAGUGGCUUGCAGACGCCAUCAAAAACAAACUUGCCGGUCCAAAACUUCGCAUUCUUGACACUUCUUGGUAUUUACCAAAAGCAAAGCGGGUUCCGCGGGAUGAGUUCGCUCAGAAACACAUACCGGGAGCUUCUUUCUUCGACAUCGACGAGUGCAGUGACUCCACUUCUCCUUAUGAUCAUAUGCUGCCAACUUCCAGCCACUUCUCCCAGUAUGUCGGAGAUUUGGGCAUCGGGAACGACACGCACGUUGUGGUUUAUGACACCAGCGACUUUGGGGCGUUCAGCGCUCCCCGCGUGUGGUGGAUGUUCCGGGCGUUCGGACACGGGUUGGUGUCGGUGCUGGACGGAGGCAUGAAGAACUGGGUGUCUGAGGGACACCCGGUGACAUCUGAAUACAACAAACCGGAGUGCCGAGAUUUCCGAGCGACCCUGAACGUGUCAUGGGUAAAGAGUUUUGAAGACGUGAUGGAGAACAUCAGAACCAAGGAGGUCCAGGUCGUGGAUGCCAGGUCACCCGGCCGGUUCAAGGGUACUGAGCCAGAACCCAGAGAGGACAUUCUUCCCGGACAUUUCCCAGGAGCGAUCAACAUUCCCUUCAUGUCUUUACGUGACGAUUCUGGAAAACUUCUGGGACCUGAAGCUCUGACCAAGGUUUUCAAAGAUGCCGGGGUGGACCUGCAACAGCCGCUCUGGGUCACCUGUGGCUCUGGCGUCACGGCGUGCCACGUUGCACUGGCGGCUCACCAGCUCGGGUAUCCCGGGGUUUGCCUUUAUGAUGGUUCCUGGGUGGAGUGGUUUCAGAGGGCGUCACCAGAAUACAUCCUCUCUGAGGGGAAAGUGAAGAAACAAUAAGUGCAGCUAGAUAUGACAGAAGAAAGUUGAUACGCCUUGACCUUCAUUCAGAGGGUUUUAAAACCUACUUUUGCCUUUUUUGAUUAUAGUUCCAUAAAGUGAUAAUUGGUCUCAAAAUAACACAUCAGGAUGAGUUUGCAUGAAAAAAGUCUGUUAUUCCUCCUUUCAUCUUUAUGAAAGAACUUGUGCAGCUCAGCUCAUUACAGUUUUACAAAGUCCUCCAUGAAUCUUCUGAACCAUCAGACAUUAAGUGUGAAUUUGAGAAUGAACCUUUUUUUUUGGGUUAGGGUUAGGUUUUUUUUUUUGCUGUUUUUUAUGUCCAAGUUAUCCUUAAAGAAGCUUCUUUACAGAUUUUACUUUGGACUAGACAACUCCAUGUUAACUCUGAACUUCUUUAUUACAGUUUUGCUUCGUAUUUGUCAUUUACUUGUUAAAGCUAAUAUAUUUUGUUGUUUAUCUCUGCUGCAUUAGACACGGCUGGAUUUUGUUUGACAAAGCUGAACAGCAAAAAUUCUUAAAAAUAUGUUCCAUGGUUUACAAAAAGUCAAACCAUCUUGUCCUUUCUAGUUGGACUUUUUUUGUUAUAGAGGGUUUACUUGAUUUCUUUAUGUACCAUACUGAAAGGUAUAAACACUCCUAUUAAUUGUUUAUCAAAUUAAUGUAAUAUAAAAAUGUACACUUUAGCGCCUUAUAUUUGAGGUUUUUAUUUUCUUAUUGAAAAUGGAAGAUUUGUAAAUAAUAAAUCAAACCUAUAAUGUAGCAACACAGAAAUUGUUUCCGUUUAAAAUUAAAAUAAAAGCCUUAAUUUUUCAC